AAACGGAAGAAAUGUUACCACAAACACUUGUGCAGUGACGGAGAGACUAUGAUGCUGGGGUGUGUUAAGACUGAUGUGAGAGACAUUUAAAAUUGAGGAAGAGAGAGCGAGAGAGAGAGAACAGACAGUGUAUUUCACUCACUCACUCUCACACACACACACAGAGAUGAUCAUCUACCAAUGCUGUGGCUGUCUUCCUAAACCACCUCUGGUGUAACCUGCUGAUUAUAGAAGGCCUGUGGGCUACAAGUCACCAUGGGGCCCCGUGACUGCUGGUCCUGGACCAGCCUACCUCUCACCAUCUUGGUUGUGCUUCUCUUCCCCUGGGAUGCCCAUGGUCAAGAUUCUGAUUGUUUCCCAGAGAUUAGAGUGACACGGAACACAGUAUGGAAGGCUUCACCUGGGAAACAACUGAAGAUUAACUGUUCUGUUGUUUUAUGUUCCAACUUACAACCACCAUUACUAUGGUGUAAGGUUGAUGAAUCAAACAACUGCAAUACUGUCAACACAACAACUCUCAUUCAAACACAGUGGACCAAUUUUACAAACACUACAGGGAUCUUAUUUCUGGUCUUCACCAGCAUUUCCAUAGACGAUGCAGGUCUAUACAGGUGUGCAUUAAAUGAAGCCUCUGUGAGUCAUUCUGUCAAUGUUACUGUCUCAGAGAGUGUUGAGGACACCACAGUUGUCUAUCAGAAGAACGAAACAACCAACAGUACACUGAGUCAGAGGGACAGCUUCCUGGAGUGGGUGUGGCCUUAUGUUUACUCCUCGGCUGGGAUUGUGGUGUUUGUCAUCGUGGUGAUAACCAUAUCCAUGCUCUCAUUGCGUGGUUGUAAAGGUGCCUGUCCGGCCAGGAAGUCAAGGAAAGAGGACCAAACAGUGAACCGGUAUAUGGCUAUACCAAUGACCCAGCAAGCAUUCCCACGACCCAACCCCCAACCCCACCACAGACCAAGCAUCCGAUCCCACCAAGCCCAGCCCCGGCCCCAAGCCCAGCCCUGGCCCCAAGCCCAGGCGCAAGCCCAGCCCACCCCACCGCCGGACUGUAUCUAUGACAACGCACCUGCCAGGGGCCCACGUCGCACUCAUCCGGCACCCGUCCAAGAUGCAGCCAAUCAGGUAGCUGUCCCGGUGGACAGGGAUGAUACCUAUAGCAACGGGAAGGAGAAAGAGGAAGAGAGUGAUAUCAUGUACGCAGCGCUCAACCAUCAGGUAAAGCCUCGAGCCGCACCGCGCCCUGCACAGCCUCAGGAGGAGGGCUCAGAGUACGCAGCCAUACGAGUGUCCUGAGCCCUGGAACCAGGAAGUAAAACUUCUCUUCCCAGAGGGCCACAGUCCUACUGGUCUUUGUUUCUCCCUGAUUACGAGAAGGGGGUCGCUGCGUCCCAAUAUGGCGACCGGAGUAUGGGCGAGUGGGUGUGUCGAAAGGGAAGUAGUGGGCGUGUGGAAAGGAGUGGGUGUGUCAAAGUGCUCUGCUAUAGGUCAGACGGUUUUGAUUGAGCUGUAUUUUUUCUCUUCCAUUUCUUGCCACUCAACCAGACUGUGACACACAACUAGGUGUUAUCUACAACCAAAAAGGGUUAUUUGGCUGUCCUCAUCAGAGAACCCUUUGAAGAACCCCCUUUGGUUCCAGAUAGAACCCUUCUGGGUUCCAUGAAGAACCCUUUCCACAGAGGGUUCUACAUGGAAUCCAAAAGAGUUCUACCUGGAACCAAAAAGGGUUCUCCUAUGGGGACAGCCGUAAAACCCUUUUGGAACCCUUUUUUCUACGAGUGUACCUCACAUUGAGCUACCAUACUGCGAGAGUUGGGACUUCUAUUUUUAAGCCAGAGGAUGAGUCUGAGUAUUAGAAUUACACGAAUAAUUGUAAAUUUUCCGGUUUAAAACUGAAGAUUGUUUAUUGGGGCGGCAGGUAGCCUUGUGGUUAGAGCGUUGGGCCAGUAACCGAAAGGUUGCUAGGUCAAAUCCUAUAUUCUGUCCCUGAACAAGGCAGUUAACCCACUGUUCCUAGGCCAUCAUUGUAAAUAAGAAUUUGUUCUUAACUGACUUGCCUAGUUAAAUAAAAAAUAGAAAAAAAAUUGAAGUAUUGAUGAUGGGUGUACUGUUGCUUUAUGGGUUGUACGCAUGUUCUUACUUGUGACUGUCACCCUGAUAUAUUACUGUGACUGUCACUUAUGAUAUAUUACUGUGACUGUCACCCUGAUAUAUUACUGUGACUGUCACCCUGAUAUAUUAUUGUGACUGUCACCCUGAUAUAUUAUUGUGACUGUAACCCUGAUAUAUUACUGUGACUGGCACUCUGAAAAAUUACUGUGACUGACACCCUGAUAUAUUACUGUGACUGACACCCUGAUAUAUUACUGUGACUGUCACCCUGAUAUAUUACUGUCACUCUGAUAUUGGCUACUAGGUAGCUACUUCCCAUGCCGUUACCGGACAGUAGUGCCUGUCAAGCGGGAGCGAACGGUACUGUCUUCUGGUGUUGUUGUUUUUCAUGCGUACCCUCCCCAUUGAGUAGUAGACUGUAUGUACUGUAUGUAUCAAGGUGACAUCUAGAUGGUUAUCAAUAUUAGUUACUUCUUGUGUAGGCUGCUAUCCUCUUUUAAAUAAAAUCAUUUGAGAGAAAACGUUGCCACGUUAGCUGCCGCCUGUGACAUGAAUGACCAUGAUACCAGUGGCGAUCGGUGCCAUUUAAGAUUAUUAUUAUUUUAACCUUUAUUUAACUAGACAAGUCAUAUAAGAACAAAUUCGUAUUUACAAUGACGGCCUACACCAGCCAAACCUGGACGACGCUGGGCCAAUUGUGCGCCGCCCUAUGGGACUACAAAUCACAGCCGGUUGUGAUACAGCCUGGAAUUGAACCAGGGUGUCUGUAGUGACGCCUCAAGCACUGAGAUGCAGUGCCUUAGACCGCUGCGCCACUCAGGAGCCCUGAUGAGGGAUGAGGUCUUUUUUUCUUCUUUCAUGAGCAUGGCCUUAUUUCUAUUACAGCUUAUUGGAUGACUAUCAUUCAUAUUCAUUUCACCCAGUUCAAUGUAACAUCAAUAGGUUUAGGCUACUUGAGGUUUCCUCAACCUAUGAAUGAGAGCUACAACAUGGUGCUCUUUAGGCUACUGUAGACCUACAUUGCAAAACAGUGUGUUUUAAUCAAUUAUUUGGUGACGUGAAUAUAUUUAGAAUAUUUUUUUCUAAAAAGGCUAACUUUUUAAAAAUGUUUUACUAUUUAAUUUAUUAUGAAAUUCACUAAGGAAGAUGUUCCUCCCCUUCCUCCUCUGAGGAGCCUCCACUGCAUGAUACCCAUUAGGAAGCACUUCAAGUCGGCAGGCAUGUCGAUACAACCCCGGUGCGCUGGUCCAGCUUAUCGACUCGUCUUGCAGCCCAAUCAGCCAUGUGAAACAGUAUUCAGUGGCAACAAAUCUGCCCAAUUAGCUGAUUUCGCUUUCCAUACACCCACUCUCCCAUACUUCUGUCGCCAUGUUGGGCUGCAGAUACCCAUACUUGGUAUUACAGAAAUCGAUCAGCUGGCUGCCUCUGAACUUUGAACUUCUACCAAUGAUAACAUCAGCUUUAACUAUGGUCUUUUGGGUAAAACUUUCUUACAGAGGUUGAUUGUUGAGGCCUACAUGAAAUAUUCUACUGCACUGUAAUCAAGUGAAAAUCAGUUGACUGUGAAUGUAACUGUGAUUGAUUGUUUUUUUUAAUGCAUUUUUUUGUGAUUGCGUGUUACCUAUUUAAAAAAAUAAUCAGAUUUGAUUUACUAUAAUAUCAUUUUCACUGCAAUAUUACUAUUCUCCAUUCCUUACUGUAAUCAACCAGUUUCAGUGAAAUCACUGUGAGUGAUGACAAUCCCCUGGCCUUGGGUUUAGUUGAGGUGUUACUGUCGUUAUGCAGGGUGUUUUGCAGUUUACCUCUUGUGCUGGGAUGUGAUUAGGAGGUUUCCUGUGCUACACAAACCAAAACCCCCACAUGCUGCAGCACACGGUUGCAUAUCCUGUGAUGCAGUGAGAAGCUUUCAGUGUCUGUGUGUGUGUGUGUGUGUGUGUGUGUGUGUGUGUGUGUGUGUGUGUGUGUAUGUGUGUGUGUGUGUAUGUGUGUGUGUGUGUGUAUGUGUGUGUGUGUGUGUGUGUGUGUGUGUGUGUGUGUGUGUGUGUGUGUGUUUCAUGCCUGAUCUACUGUUCCUGCAUGUGUGUGUGCAUGUGUUAUCCCAGCUAGCACAUAAUGUUCUGAGAACCAUAUAUUUCUUAGACCUUCAUGAGAGUAUGCUUGUCCUAUGAUUAUUUUGCACACAUCCUUCCCACAAUGUUCUGUGAAUGGUGCAGGAUACCCAGCUAGCACAUAACGUUCUAAGAACCAUACUUCAGCAUAAUGUUUUCCGCAGGUUUCCUCAUGGUUCUAUUUAAAGGAAAAAUCCACCCAAAACCACUCAUUCCUAUAAUUUACAGUGUUGCAUAACACUAAUAUGUGAGAACAAUAUUUUUUGUGAACACAUUUUUUAUUUUGUCGUUAUAAUAAAGUUGGUAGCAACGUGAAAA